GCAACGGCUCGGGCUGGGGGCGGAGCCGAGCAGUCCCCGCCCCCGCGGCGCGCGCGGCACUCGGCAACCGGCACAACACAACAAAAUGGCACCCGCGCCGCCCGGCGCCUGAAAGGCAGGGCCCGUGCGUCUCCCGCCCGGCCUCGGUCCGCUUGGCUGUUCAGUUCGGCUCCUAGGCGGUCUAGAUGGGCGCCUGGCUCUAUUGUUGCAAUGAAGAAAGGUCCUCAACAGAGAGUCACCUCCAGCAAGAUGCCACCGUCAUCUCCCUCUCCGAGCCCGUCAUCUCUCACUUCCAGUAUGAGGUCCAGGUCACUUUCACCUCUGCUUGGGCCUGACACUUUGCCCUUUUAUUCCGAAGGACAGUGGUGUGAGCAAGUCGAAGUUACAGAUGAAAACAGCAUGCCUUUGGACUGCCAAGACCGUAAAAAAGCUGAUUCGUGUGUAGGAGUCCGAUAUAUUACAGAAGCCCUCAUUAAAAAACUCACCAAACAGGACAAUUUGGCCUUGGUAAAAUCUCUGAACCUUUCACUUUCUAAAGAUGGCGGCAAGAAAUUUAGGUAUAUCGAAAAUUUGGAAAAGUGUGUUAAACUUGAAGUCCUGAAUCUCAGCUGUAAUCUAAUAGGGAAGAUUGAGAAGAUGGACAAGCUGUUAAGAUUACGGGAACUCAAUUUAUCGUAUAAUAAAAUCAGCAAAAUUGAAGGCAUAGAAAAUAUGUGUAAUCUGCAAAAGCUAAACCUUGCAGGAAAUGAAAUUGAACAUGUUCCAGUAUGGUUAGGGAAAAAAUUAAGAUCUUUACGAGUCCUUAAUCUAAAAGGCAACAAGAUAUCAUCGCUCCAGAAUGUAAGCAGGUUGAAACCACUUCAAGAUUUGACUUCCCUGAUCCUACUUGAAAAUCCAGUUGUGGCGCUUCCUCAUUACCUCCAGUUCACCAUAUUCCAUCUGCGUUCAUUGGAAAGUUUGGAAGGUCAACCAGUAACCACCCAGGAUAGACACGAGGCUUUUGAAAGAUUCAGUUUAGAAGAGAUAGAAAGACUGGAAAAAGACCUAGAAAAGAAGGUGAUGGAAACCGAAGAGCUUAAAAGCAAACAAACAAAGAUCCUUGAGGAAAUCAAAAGCCAAGAUAAACUGAACAGAUCCUUAAAAGAAGAGGCCAUGCUACAGAAACAAAAUUUUGAGGAACUUGAGAGUGACCUAAACACGAAAAAUGAAUUGCUAAAACAGAAGACCAUGGAACUAACGCGAGCCUGUCAAAAGCAAUAUGAGCUUGAGCAGGAAUUGGCCUUUUAUAAAAUCGAUGCGAAGUUUGAGCCACUAAAUUACUAUCCAUCAGAGUAUGCUGAAAUUGAUAAAGCCCCAGAUGAAAGCCCUUACAUUGGCAAGUCCAGGUACAAGAGAAACAUGUUCGCCAUGGAGAGUUAUAUUGUUCCUAAUGCCCAGGCAGUGCAGAUCAAGCUGGUGGAGCCGCCUGAGGGAGGACAACCUGGAAAUGAACCUGCUAAUCCAAGAGUCUGUUCCCCGCUGGGUGUACAGCUGGAAGACAAAGAAAAAAAAAUAAAUACAGCACAAACCCGACUGUCACAACUGCAUGAUGAAAUAGAAAAGGCAGAACAAAAAAUUUUAAGAGCUACUGAAGAAUUUAAACAACUGGAAGAAGCUAUACAGCUAAAAAAAAUUUCAGAAGCAGAGAAAGACCUUCUUUUGAAGCAGUUGAGUAACAGAAUACAGCUUCUAAAUAAAUUACGCCAGGAAGCUAUGGAUGUGGAAAUGCAGAUGGAAAAGCAAAGGCAAGAUAUUGCUGAGAAGCAGGAGGAGAUCAAGGGUCUGCAGACCGCCCUGGACAGGCUGGAUCCCAAAGACCCAAAGCACUCCCAUAUGAGGGCUCAGAAAAGGGGUAAAGAACAACAAUUUGACAUUAUGAACAAGCAGUACAAACAACUUGAAAGCCGCUUGGAUGAGAUACUUUCUAGAAUUGCCAAGGAGACCGAAGAGAUAAAGGACCUGGAACAACAGCUCACUGAAGGCCAAAUAGCAGCUAAUGAAGCCCUGAAGAAGGACUUGGAAGGUGUUAUCAGUGGGUUGCAGGAAUACCUGGGGGCUGUCAAAGGCCAGGCGACUCAGGCCCAAAAGGAGUGCAAGAAACUGCAGGAUGAAAAAGAGGCUCUGAUGCAGAGACUGACUCAAGUCGAGCAGGAGAGGGACCAACUGGAAAUCGUUGCCAUGGAUGCAGAAAACAUGAGGAAGGAGCUUGCGGAGCUAGAAAAUGCCCUGCAGGAGCAGCACGAGGUGAAUGCCUCAUUGCAACAGACCCAAGGAGACCUCAGCGCCUACGAAGUGGAACUGGAGACUCAGCUGAAAAUCCGGGAUGCUGAAGCCAGCCGGCUCAGAGAGGAGCUGGAGGAGCUCACACGGCUUACCCAGUUAGAACAAUCAGCCCUUCAGGAGGAACUUGAGCAGGAAAAGCAAGCCCUCAAGGAUGCUCUCGGAACAGCCCAGUUCUCAAAGGAAAAGGAGCAGGAGAACAGUGAGCUCCGCGCCAAGCUCCAGCAGCUCCAGGAUGACAAUAACUUGUUAAAACAGCAGCUUACAGAGUUCCAAAAUCACCUUAACUGCGUGGUUGAUGGCUUGAUUCGCCCAGAAGAAGUGGCUGCUCGUGUGGACGAGCUAAGGAGAAAACUGAGAUUAGGAGCUGGUGAGAUGAGAAUCAAUAGUCCUUCAGAUGUCUUAGGAAAAAGUCUGGCUGGUUUACAAAAACAGUUGAGUGAAAUCCUUGUGCGAUCCCAGUGGGAAAGGGAGGAAGCACAAGUGAGGGAGAAGCGCCUGCAGGAGGAGAUGGCUCUGCAGCAGGAGAAACUAGCGAGCGGCCAGGAGGAAUUCCGGCAGGCCUGCGAGAGAGCCCUGGAGGCCAGGAUUAAAUUUGAUAAGAGGCAACAUGAUGCAAGAAUCCAACAGCUGGAGAAUGAAAUCCGCUACUUGCAGGAAAAUCUCAAAAGUAUGGAGGAGAUCCAAGGCCUAACAGAUCUCCAACUUCAAGAAGCUGAUGAUGAAAAGGAAAGAAUUCUGGCCCAACUUCAAGAAUUAGAGAAAAAGAAGAAACUUGAAGAUGCCAAGUCACAGGAGCAGUUAUUUGGUUUAAAUAAAGAACUAAAGAAAUUAAAGAAAGCUGUUGCUGCCUCUGAUAAGCUAGCCGCAGCCGAGCUCACCAUUGCCAAAGACCAGCUGAAGUCCCUGCAUGGGACAGUUAUGAAAAUCAACCAGGAGCGAGCAGAGGAGCUGCAGGAGGCAGAGAGGUUCAGCCGCCAGGCAGCGCGAGCGGCCCAGGACCUGAGCCGAGCAGAGGCCGAGAUCGAGCUCCUGCAGAGCCUUCUCAGGGAGAAAGAGGAGCAGUUUCGAACCGACAACAAAGCAAAUGUAGAUGCUGGAGUAGCAGACGCGGCUGGAGUAGCAGACGCACAGGUGCUGGAAAUUGAGAAGCUGCAGGAGACAAUGGAGAGACAAAGGACCGAGAUCGCGCGGCUGCGGCGCUUAGUCAGCCUCCCCAGGCCUGACAACAAAGGGGACAUUGAAAGUGUGUUAGAAGAAAUUGCUGAACUCCGCCGUGAAGUCUCCUAUCAGAAUGACUACAUCAGCAGCAUGGGAGACCCUUUCAAAAGACGAGGCUAUUGGUAUUUUAUGCCACCACCACCGUCAUCAAAGAUUUCCAGCCAUAGUUCCCAGGCUACCAAAGACUCUGGUGUGGGCCUCAAAUACACAGCCUCUACUCCCAUUAGAAAACCACACCCUGGGCAGCAGGAUGGAAAGGAAGGUGGUGGGCUUCCACCUGCCUCAGGAUACUGGGUCUACUCUCCCAUCAGGAAUGGACUGUUUAGGUCAUCUUUAAAUAGAGAUGCAGACAGCGAAGGAGGGAGUCAAGAAGACAGUGAACUGGAUGACCAAGACGAAGCUCCGUUUGCGCCCCCUCCUGGAUACAUGAUGUACACUGUGUUUCCAGACGGUUCUCCCGUGCCCCAGGGCAUGGCCUUGUAUGCCCCACCGCCUCCUUUGCCCAACAACAGUCGGCCGCUCACCCCUGGCACUGUUGUUUAUGGCCCGCCUCCUGCUGGUGCUCCCAUUGUGUAUGGUCCUCCACCCGCCAACUUCUCUGUCCCCCUCAUCCCUAUGGGCGUGCUGCAUUGCAAUGUGCCAGAGCAUCAUAACUUAGAGAGUGAAGUUUCUAGAUUGGAAGACAUGAUGCAGCAUUUAAGAUCAAAGAGACGUGAAGAACGGUGGACGAGAGCCUCCAAACGGCAGUCUGAGAAAGAAAUAGAAGACCUGCAGCAUAAUAUUGAAGAGCUUUUGCAAGAGAAGAAAGACUUAGAGCACGAAGUGGAAGAUUUACAUAGAACUAUCCAGAAACAUCAACAGCGAAAGGACUUCAUCGAUGGAAAUGUUGAGAGGCUUAUGUCUGAAGUGGAACUAGAGAAGUCACUGCAGCACCAGGAGGAUAUUCUAGAUGAAAUUGAGUGCAUUGAGAAGACGCUGCUGAAGCGGCGCGCCGAGCUCAGGGAGGCCGACCGUCUGCUCGCCGAGGCCGAGAGCGAACUGUCGUGCACGAAAGAGAAGACAAAAAAUGCUGUUGAAAAGUUUGCUGAUGCCAAGAGAAAUCUCUCACAAACUGAGUCAGAGGCUGAGGAGUUAGAAAGGAGAGCACAGGAAACUGCCGUUAACCUUGUCAGAGCGGAUCAGCAGCUAAGAUUGCUGCAGGCCGAUGCAAAGGAUUUGGAGCAGCACAAGAUAGAGCAAGAAGAAAUGUUGAAAGAAAUCAGCAAAGUUGUAGCAGCCAAAGACUCGGACUUGCAGUGUCUAAGCCAGAAGAAGGAACAGCUGACAGAGGAACUUCAGAAACUGCAGAAAGACAUCGAGACAGCGGAGCACAGUGGGGAUCACCACCUGCAGGUCCUGAAGGAGUCGGAGACACUCCUGCAGGCCACACGGGCUGAGCUGGAGCAGCUGAGAGGCCAGGUGGCAAGUCAGCAGGAAGAGAUGAGCAUCUUGGACAAGCAGUUGGGUCUUAAAAAGGAUGAGCUGCGUCUUCUCCAAGAAAGUCUGGUCCAGGCCAAAGCCGACCUCCAGGAAGCGCUGAGGCUGGGAGAGACGGAAGUCGCUGAGAAAUGCAGUCACAUCAGGGAAGUAAAAUCUCUUCUGGAAGAACUGAGUUUUCAGAAAGGAGAACUGAAUGUUCAGAUUGGGGAAAAAAAAACGCAACUUGCACUUAUAAAGCAAGAAACUGAGAAAGAGGAAGAAAAUCUUCAGGUGGUUUUAGGGCAGAUGUCUAAACAUAAAGCGGAACUGAAGAAUAUUCUGGACAUACUACAACUGGAAACCAAUGAGCUACAAGGCCUGAAGCUCCAACACGACCAGAAGGUGUCGGACUUAGAGAAGCUUCAGGUUGAAGUGCUGGAGGUAAGGAACGGAGCCGCUGCGGCCUCAGCGCCGGCAGCCCUGCUCUGCUGCCAUGGUAACGCCCUCUUGAACCUGACGCAGGAGAAGCUGCUCCUGGAGAACCUGCAGCAGACAGCUCAGCAGCAGAAGGGGGAGAUGGAGUGGCAGAAGCAGCUCCUGGAGCGGGACAAACGGGCCAUGGAGAGGCUGACGGCCGAGAUCCGCGCCCUGCAGCCGUGUGUCGAGCGUCUGAGCAAAGAGAAGGAAGAGCUCCAGGAGAAAUGCGACAGCUGGGAAAAGAAGCUGGCACAAAGCAAAAGGGUUCUAGCGGCUACAGAGGAAAGCAACAGAAUGGAGCAGUCAAACUUAGAAGAGUUGGAAUUGAAAGUCAGGAGACUGCAGCAGGAGCUCGAGGGGCUCCACAGGGACAAGGUCUCGGCGUGCAGUGACGUCUCCCUGGCGCAGCAGCAGCUGCGAGAGAAGCAAGAAGCAGUAAGAUCACUACAAGAGGAACUAACCAGUGUGCAAGACCAUUUGAACGCAGCAAAUCAGGAGCUGCUUCACACCACCAGGCGCCAGGACGCACUGCUCAGCGAGCAGAGCCAGCUCCAGAGGGACAUCAGUGAGUGGAUGCGGAGGUUCGAGAACUGUCAGAAAGAAGAAGAGGCAAAGCAGCAGCAACUCCAAGUGCUUCAGGAUGAGAUCGAGAAAAACCAGCUCAAACUGGCCCAGCAAGAAACGGUGUUUCAAAACCUCCAGAAAGAGCGAGAAAGUGAAGAAAAAAAAUUGGAAGUCAGUAAAGUGACCCUGCAGGAGCAGCAGCAGCAGCUGGAAAAGGAGCUCGCAAGUCAGAAAAGUAGGCUGGACCAGGUGCUCUCGGAGGUGCUGGCGGCCGAAGAGCGGGCCAGGACCCUGAAGGAAGAGGAGCGGCGAGGCGAGAGCCUGGAGAAGACGCUGUCCCAAACCAAACGGCAGCUUUCCGAACGGGAGCAGCAGUUAAUGGCAAAGUCCAGUGAGCUGCUGGCCCUGCAGAAAGAGAUGGACAGCAUGAGGGCGGACUUCAGCCUCCUGCGCAACCAGUUCUUGACUGAAAGAAAGCAAGCCGAGAAGCAGGUGGCCAGCCUGAAGGAAGCACUCAAGACCCAGAGGAGCCAGCUGGAGAAAAAUCUUCUCGAGCAAAAGCAGGAAAACAGCUGCAUACAGAAGGAAAUGGCCACGAUAGAGCUGGUAGCUCAGGACAACCACGAGCGGGCCCGGCGCCUCAUGAAGGAGCUCAAUCAGAUGCAGCAUGAGUACCUGGAGCUGCAGAAACAGGUGGAAAACCAAAAGUCUCUGGAGAGAAGGCAAAUGGAAAUCAGCGACGCCAUGAGGACCCUGAAGUCUGAGGUGAAAGACGAAAUCAGAAGCAGCUUAAAAAAUCUCACCCAGUUCCUUCCUGAACUAUCAGCAGAUCUAGAAGCGGUUUUGGAAAGAAAUGAAAACCUUGCAGAGUUGGAAAGUCUCAAAGAGAAUUUUCCGUUCACUAUGACUGAGAGGCCCUUUGAAGAGAAGCUGAACUUCUCCCAGGUUCACAUCAAGGACACACACUGGCACGGAGAAGCCCUGCGAGAGAAACUACGGCACCGUGAAGACCGACUCAAGGCCCAGCUUCGGCAGUGCAUGUCCAAGCAAGCAGAAGUGCUGAUUAAAGGGAAGCGGCAGACGGAGGGCACGCUGCAUAGCUUGAGGAGACAAGUGGAUGCCUUAGGGGAGCUGGUCACCAGCACCUCUGCAGACUCGGCGUCAUCACCCAGCCAGUCUCCGCUGUCGGCUUCUCUUGUGGAGGACUCUCAUCUGGGACAAAGUAGGCUCUGCAUGGUCCAUCCAAACCAUCGGACAGUUACUGACACCGAGGCCAUUCCCAGCUUCCUGCUUACAGGAGACAGAUGACUCCGCGAGGAUGAGAUGCACUGUCGUUUGCAUGGGAAGUCUGAGGAAAUACCUUCUCUACUACCUCACCAAGUUCCUAGCUGAAACGUUACUUGACUUUUUUAUUGAGAUCAUGGGAGUGAAGAUGCUGAGUUACCACUCUGGUUUUCUGCUUGUACCAUUAAUGCCAAUAUUUGUGUGAAUUACAUGUACAUUUGGAUUUCACUGUAUACAUUCUAAACCAGGGUCCUACGGUGUUUUAAUUAUUAGAAUAUUUUUAUAAAAGCAACACAGAUUUUAACUGCAUUUCAGUCUAAAAACUAGUGAAUCUAGUUAUGAACAAUGUACCUCAGCCCCUCUUCAUGUAUACAAAGAGUUAUUUUUUGGAUUUAGCCUAAAAUCUAUGUUUCAUGUAAAAAUAAAAGAUAUACAUUCAA